CUGAACAAGUAUUCUGUAUUUAUUUAAAAAUGUCUCCCAUGUUGGUAAUAAUGUUUCUCCAAUAGGGAAUAUAGUUUUGUCAAUGCAGGGCUUCCAUACUUUCUUAUGUUUUUAUCAGCUGAUGCAGCGGCGGUUUAAGCUGGGCUAGCGGGUUGACGACUACUGGACACCGGCUUUGAUAGCAUUUAUCCAGGCAGGAACUCUCCGUAUCCUCCUCCAUUAUUAUCAGCACAGCCUGCUCGCUUGGCCCUCACUCCUCCCGCUAUCUUUCUGACUUUUGACCCUCCGUGCCUCUGCUCCUGAUGCCCCGUUAGCCUGGGAGCUAGCUGCUGCUAUAAAGAGAAGCGGGAAGCCGGAGGCAGACUGACCGGGAUAGAGCGCGCCGCAGCGGGAUGAGCCAUGGCGUCUGUCCGGGUGGUUGUGCGGGUCAGGCCGAUGAACAGGCGGGAGAAGGACCUGACUGCCAAAGGCAUCAUCAAGAUGGAAGGAACCAAAACCAGCAUCAUCAACCUAAAGAUCCCAGAUGAAGUGGUAGGAGACUCGAUGAGGGAACGAACCAAAACCUUCACCUAUGAUUUUUCCUACGACUCGAUGGACUGUAAGAGCUCCUCGUUUGUCUCCCAGGAAAAGGUUUUCAGGGAUCUGGGCUGUGAUGUUCUGAAGGCGGCCUUCGAGGGCUACAACGCCUGUGUGUUUGCCUACGGUCAGACCAGCUCAGGGAAGUCCUACACCAUGAUGGGAGUUCCAGGUGAUGCAGGUCUCAUCCCGAGGAUCUGUGAGGGUUUGUUCAGUCGGAUCUCGGAUGCUACGCGACGGGAUGAAGCUUCGUUCCGCACAGAAGUCAGCUACCUGGAGAUCUACAAUGAGAGAGUGAGAGACCUGCUGAGGAGGAAGUCAACCCACACCUACAAUCUGAGAGUCCGGGAACACCCCAAAGACGGGCCCUACGUGGAAGAUCUGUCCAAACACCUGGUGCAGAACUACAGCGAUGUGGAGGAGCUGAUGGAGGCGGGAAACAUCAAUAGAACAACCGCCAGCACCGGCAUGAACGACGUCAGCAGCCGCUCGCACGCCAUCUUCACCAUCAACUUCACACAGGCCAAGUUUGAUGCCGAGAUGCCGAGCGAAACGGUCAGUAAGAUCCAUCUGGUCGAUCUGGCAGGCAGCGAGCGGGCCGACGCCACCGGAGCCACCGGCGUCCGGUUGAAGGAGGGCGGGAACAUCAACAAGUCGCUGGUCACGCUUGGAAACGUCAUCUCCGCUCUGGCCGACAUGGCGCAGGACAGCGUGAACACCAACCUGAAGAAGAAGUCCGUCUUCGUUCCCUACAGAGACUCUGUUCUGACGUGGCUGCUGAAGGACAGCCUGGGUGGAAACUCCAAGACCAUCAUGAUCGCCACCAUCUCCCCCGCCAACAUGAACUACGGCGAGACACUCAGCACUCUUCGCUACGCCAACCGAGCCAAGAACAUCAUCAACAAGCCCACCAUCAACGAGGACUCCAACGUCAGGCUGAUCAGAGAACUGCGGGCUGAAAUCGCCCGGCUGAAGGCUCUGCUGGUUCAGGGUAACCAGAUUGCUCUGCUGGAUUCCCCCACCGCUCUCAGUAUGGAGGAGAAGCUGCACCAGAACGAAGCCAGGGUUCUGGAGCUUACUAAAGAGUGGACCAACAAAUGGAACGAGACUCAGGACAUCCUGAAGGAGGAAACUCUCGCUCUGAGGAAAGAAGGAAUCGGAGUGGUGCUGGACUCGGAGCUGCCUCACCUCAUCGGCAUCGACGACGACCUGCUCAGCACCGGCAUCAUCCUGUACCACCUGAAGGAGGGACGGACAUACGUGGGCCGAGAGGACGCGUCCACCGAGCAGGACAUCAUUCUGCACGGUCUGGACCUGGAGAGCGAGCACUGUGUAUUUGAGAACCAGAAUGGGGCGGUUACUCUGGUGCCGCUCGGUGGAGCUCAGUGUUCAGUUAACGGGGUUCUGGUGACGGCACCAUCGCAGCUCAACCAAGGAGCCGUUAUUCUGCUCGGCAGGACUAACAUGUUUCGCUUCAACCAUCCGAAGGAGGCAGCCAAACUGAGGGAGAAACGGAAGAGCGGCCUCCUGUCGUCGUUCAGCCUAUCCAUGACUGAUCUGUCCAAGUCCUGUGAGAACCUCUCCACUGUGAUGCUCUACAACCCAGGUCUCCUCACUCAGAAGGGCCACGUCUUCCUCAGGUUGGAGUUUGAGAGGCAGCAGAGAGAAGAGCUGGAGAAACUGGAGAUGAAAAGGAUGCUGAUCAAAGAGAUGGAGGCCAAGCAGCUGAGUGAGAAGGCGGAGCUCGAGCGCCUCCAGCAGGAGGUGGAGAGUCAGCGCAAGGAGUCGGAGGAGGUGCAGCAGCGGAUCCUCCGUCAGGAGGAGAGCCUCCGUCGUCGCAGCCAAGACAUCGAGAGCCGCCUGCAGGACUUCUUGGCUGAAAAGGAACGCUUUGAGGAGGAGAGGCGCUCCGAGAUCCAGGAAGUGGAGCUGCAGCGCAGAAAGCUGCAGAAACGGCAGCAGGAGGAGGAGCAGGAGGCGAAGCGUCAACAACAAGAGGCUGCAGAGCAGACUGAGAUUUACCGUGAGCUGGAGCGACUGAAGAAGGAGCGCGAGGAGCAGCAGAUACGCCUGGAGAUGGAGCGGCGGCGGCUGGAGGAGCAGGAGCAGGAGCAGCUGAGUUUGGUUGGGAGGCUGGAGGAGCAGCUAAGGGAAAAACAGGAGGCGGCUUCCGCCCUGCUGACCAGGGAAGUCGUCCGACGCCUGGAGGAGGAACGACGUGCGCUGGCAGAGAUCAGAGAGGCACUCCUCCGAGCCAAAGAGGCCGCGGAGCGGACAGAUGUGGAAGAUGCCAGCAAAGAGGCGAGAUCUGUCCAGAGGCAGUACACGGCCUUUAAGGAGGUUCAGGUGAAGGAGCUGGGAAAGCUGGAGGAGGGGCUCCAACGGCAGAGGGAGCUCCUGGAGAAGGAGGUGGCUGCAGAGAAGAGCACAUUGCUGCUCCUCGCCCACAGACUAAAGGAGCGACAGCGGCAGCUGAAGGAGGGGCAGCAGAAAGGAGCGCAGGACGCCACGACCAUCUGUCAGGAGGAGCAGCUCCUUAGGCAGGCGGAGAACCGACUGCACUUCAAUGAGCGACAGCUCGCCAACCUGGCCGACAUCCUCCUCCCUGCACUGGCUGAGGAGAAGCAGAGAGCCGUGGAGAUGCUGGAGCGCAGCGCCGUGGGGAGCAAUGAGAACUGUGACGGUCCGCCUGGACUGGACAACACACUGUUCCAGGUGGAGAAGGAGCUGGAGGACAAGGAGGAGAAGCUGCACCUCCACUGGCACAGUGCCCAGCAGCUGCAGCAGCUCCAGGAGUCCUACGAGUUCACGGCCAACGUGGCCCGGCAGGAGGAGAAGGUAAGGAGGAAGGAGAAGGAGAUCCUAGAGUCAAAGGAGAUGCAGCAGAGGGAGGCCAUGGAGCAGGCGGUGGCUCGGCUGGAGAGGAGGCACUCGGCUCUGAGACGCAGCGUCUCCCUUGAGCCACACUCUGAGGAGCAAAGUUGUUCUGUGAGGACGGGAGCCGAUCUGGACCAGCAGAGAGUGGAGCAUGAGAUCCAGAAGCUGCGGCAGAGGAUCAGUGAGGGUGAAAACCACAACCGGAGUCAGUCCGUCGGUACCGAUGAGAAGACGGGACACAGCAGCUCCCCGGCCAGCCACAUCCAGAGUCUGAACACUCUGCUGCCGCUGUCUGAUGACAGCAGGAUCAACGCAUACAUCGAGGAGGAAGUUCAGCGCCGGCUUCGGAAGAUGAACCUCCUGAACGGGAGCAGCAGCAUGGAUCUGUCCGUGUCCUGCGAGUCUCUCAGAGACGAUGAGGAAGUUAGCGUCUGUAGCUCUGUUAGAUUAACAGAUGAGGAGGAUGAAAAACUGCAGAACAUAAAUCCACGAAGGCUGAAGUAUGAGAAUACCUGCUGGUCUAACCUCCUGGGCUCCCCAGAGUUUGAGACAAGUUUACUCCCUGACGUCCAGAACGUUUUUGAUGAACCAAAGGACGAACUUCUGGAGACUCACAGAGAAAAACAGCUCGGUUCCUCAGACAGACUCCUGAUUGAAAAAGACAUUGACAAAGUAAACUGGUGGGAAGGAGAAGUAAAUGUUCUUACAGGAAAGCGGCUCCAACCUGUUUGUGGACCUGAUUGUUGUUACAAAAGAGACCAACAAGCAACCAACAGACUGAGUGGAAACGAGAAAAUCACCAGAGACAGUAAUUAUCUCCACUUGGAUUCUGAUGAUCAGAAGAAGAAAAUGUUGAACAAAUCAUUGAAUUCACACUCAGAGAAAAUAGUCAAUUAUCAAACAUGUGAAACAGAAAGAGACAAAGAACCAGAACUUUCCAAGCUUCAAAGCUCUGACAAGCAAGAUCCAAAAGAGGAGAACAAUAGGUACCAGGUAUUGGAAGAUCUCAAAAACGUUAAGAAUCAAGCCCAAAACAUUCACAGCCACACAACAGAAGAGUUGGAUGUUUUAAAACUGCAAGAUUCUGGCAAUGAGUUAAUCUGGUUGGAAAAGGAAACUAACGGCCCGAUGAAGCAAAAGGCAGAGAAGGUUUUGGGCUAUAAGAGCCAUGUUUUGGAUGAUCUUGAAUAUGUCAAUGUUCAAACCCAAAAUCAGGAGAAGGUAGAGUCAGAACAUUCAAAUUCUCAAAUCUCUGACAAUGAUUUCAUCAGCUCAGGGCAGGACUCAAAACAUGGCGUCUGUGAACUACUAAAGCAAGAAAUGUUGGACAGUAAGAACCACGAUUUGGACCAUUUUGAAAAUGCCAAGAAUCAACCUGAAAUGGAGAGAGCAGACAAUUCUAAACCUUUAAAGCUGCAAAGCUCUGACAGUGAGUCUAUCUUCUCCGAGCAAGAUUUAAAAGACGCCAUCAAUGGUCCAGUCAAGCAGGAGAAAUUGGACGAGGGGAACAAUGUUUUCGAUUAUCUUAAAAAUGUCAAAAAUAAAAGCCCAAACCUGGUGGGUGAUGAAGAGUUGGAACAAGACAAAAAGGCAGCAGCAAAGCAAGAAUUGACCAGCAGGAGCUACAUUUGGGAUUACGUUUCUAAAGUCAAGAACCACACUCUGCAUCCGUGGACCACCAGAGAGUCUGAACUGCUUAAGUGGCUGAGUUCUGGAAGAGACUAUAUCAGCUCCAAGCAAGACAUAAUGUUGGUUAGUAAAGAAACGGACCAAGGAAAGGUCGAUGCUGCAGAAAGGGUGUCGACUGAAAGGAGCUUUGUUUGGAACUAUGUUACUAAAGUUAGGAACCAAACACUAUAUCCAUGGAGACCAGAAGAAUCUGAGCCAUCCAGGGAUCAACCAUUGGAUUUACCCAACUCUGGCACAGAGUUGACUAUGCCGGGAAAGAACUCAAAGUCUGGUGGUGAAAUGGGUCAAGAUCAAAAGGAAGCUCUAGAAAGGGUAUUGUCCAGUAAAAACAAUGUUUGGGAGUAUGUUGCAAAGGUUAGGUACCAAACCCUUUACCCGUGGAGGUCAGUUGAAACUGAGAUUCCCCAGUCAAAUGGUAAGCAGGAUAUAAUUGGACCCAUUGGACAAGAAGAAAAUGAAAAACUGAUGGACAUGACCGCCAGUAAGAGAAACCUGUGGCACUAUCUCACAAAAGUCAAGAACCAAACCCUCUACCCGUGGCGAGCAGAGGAAGCUGAGAUUUCCAGGGAUCAAUCCACCGAGUUACAGGACUCGGAUAAACAUUCCAGCCCAGAUUUGAGCAAGUGCCAAGUUUUUGACUACUUUACAGGAAAGCUUUCAGAUGCUUACAAAAAUGCAGAGAGACGACUACAGGGCACACGAGACUUCAUCCGAAAUGUGGGAGUCGAUGAAAUAAGGUAUGCCGUCUCUCAGUACAUGACCAUGAUGUCCAAAGAUGUUCCGCAGAUCCAACAAAUGAAAUUUCAGCUCCCUCCAAAACCUCACCCUGUUCUGGAAAACAAAGUCAGUUUGGUGGAUCUGUCCAACGCUUGUGCCCUUGGUGGUUCUCAAGGACUUGGCUUGAAUGCCACAUUAGCAUGGCCUAAGAGGUCAGUGUCCUCUGUCAGAAUCGGCGGGACAGAGGACUGCCGUCCAGAAGAGUUUUAUCAGGGUCUGAUUGAGUUUCCACCAGCUUUGGAGCAGCUUCGUAGUCUCUCAUCCCAACAGAUACUGGAAAAAACUGAAUCUCUGUCCUCUCAAAGACCAGUUAAAAAUAUUCUAAGUACCUUCUGGCUCAGAGCAGCCAGCUUUGAGCAACCCAGUCCAAAACCAGCUUGCCUACUUUUGUCAGAACAGGGCCUCACGGUAGUUUCAGCUGACAAAGACUCUUUGGACACCCUCAAUAUUUUCCAUCAUUUUGACCUUACAGAAAUCAGGGAGGUCCAGAUCAGUUUGGCAGGGCAGCACGUCCGUCUAAUUGGGUUUAGAGAGGAUUCGGUUCUGGCUGUCUUCACUCACAACCAAGAGCUCACACAGGACUUCUGCAAGGCUGUACUAAAGACUUGCUGUCCUGAGACGUUCUCCAAGGUAACUGAAACUCACCCAUUGCUCUCAGAGGACCUCAUGGCUCUGUCUUUGGAUUGGACCUCCAGUGUUCCUGAUGUUACCUUACACAGUGGUCUGAAUGUCACUUCCAGAUUCAAGCGGGUCCUUGCAGACCUGCUCUACAUCAUCCACGGGAACAUGGACGAUCCAAACAAACCUUCUCUGGCGCAUAUAUGUCCUCUGCUCUACACCAGCGUCAGGGUGACCAGCUCCAUCAGAGUCCAUCAAGACUCUCUGUUCCAGUUCCUUCUGACGGACACUCAUGUUGCUCUUCUCCAGGAGGAUGGAGUCUUUCAUCCAGUGCCACGAGGGUCCAGCCAGGUUCCCGUUCAGCCUCAGUUCCAAGGACUAAAGCUGCGCAGGCGUUCAGACAUCAGGUGUCUGCUUGUCAGGAGGAAUGAGAACUGCUUCCGCGUAGAUGUGGUCUUCAAAAAACGCAAUAAGCAAGCUCUGAAACGGAAGGUGGAGUUAAGGCGGGGCUCAGCUGAUGUUCCCGCCUCCAGCAGUCUGUGCGACUCUUGGAAAUUAACUUUUGGCUGCUCUUCAGAAGCUCAAAUGCUCAUAAACCAUCUGUGCAUCUAAAGGUGGACUUUACCAGGGUCACAGCAUGAGUGACUCUGUGGGAAUAAUCAGCCAGGUGCUCCCUUUUAAUUUUAGGGAAAAAAAUUGUCUUCAGAAGAAAAUUUACAUGAAAUAACUUUUAAAUGUGUUUUAACCUUUUUAAACUUUUCUCACAUUAAAAUGAUAAAGAUUAACUAUAAACCUGCUGUAAUUAAUACAAUAAAAUGAGACUGCAGCUGACAUGAUAAAUAUUUAUUAACUUGUUUCCAAAGGAGAAUAAUGUCACUUUACUUAUUUGGUCAUGAUGGGAAGUAACAGGAAAUGAUUAAUUUUGCACUAUGUGUACAUGUUCUUGAUUUAAAACUAAAUAAAGAUUACAUCAGUUUGAA